UUGCUGUUCUUGUUGCAUGCUAAAUCUGUACGCUGUUUCAGAGACUUUAAGUACUGAAACUGAUAAACAAGCCUUAAUCUCCAUUAAAUCUCAAACAUUUACGCAUCCACCAGAAGCUUUAGCUACAUGGGAUCCAGCAAGUUCAUCCCCAUGCAACUGGACCCGAGUAUUGUGUGAUGAUCGUAAUGGAAGAGUUGUAGGUCUUGACCUCUCCAGUCUUCAGAUAACUGGUCCAGUUAGCCCAUUUAUCGGGAAUCUAUCGUUUCUCAGAUCACUACAUCUUCAAAAUAACCAAUUUUACGGUAUUCUUCCUGAAACGAUCACUAAUCUUUUUAGCCUCCAAGUCCUCAACGUCAGCUUCAACCGCAUCCAAGGCACCAUCCCAGCAAACAUAAGCCAUUGCAUCGAUCUCAGGGUUGUUGACUUCAUGCAAAACAAACUUUCUGGGUCGAUUCCUGAAAGUCUCACUGUCCUCAAAAAUCUUCGAACUCUAAACUUGGCAAGAAACAAUAUUUCAGGCUUCAUUCCACCAUCUAUCGGCAACCUUACUUCAUUGUCCACUUUAAGAUUAUGCACCAAUAAACUUAGUGGCCGGAUCCCUAGUGAAUUGUCUGCACUUCGUAACCUAAAGAUUCUUGAUCUCAACAUCAAUAAGCUCACAGGGAUACUUCCUCCAUCCUUUUACAACAUGUCUUCGCUUGAGGUUUUUGCUGUGGCUUCUAACGAUUUAUGGGGCAAUAUACCUUACAAUGUUGGGGAGACACUCCCAAAUCUUCUUGAUUUCAACUUUUGCUUGAAUAGGUUCACAGGAACUAUUCCUGGUUCGCUGCAUAACCUCACUAAUAUAAGAUCCAUUCGAAUGCAACAUAACCAAUUGCAUGGAACACUACCACGUGGACCAUGGAACCUCCCUAUGCUAACAAGGUAUAAUAUUGGGCAAAAUAAUAUUGUUAGCGCACAGGGUGAGGGUCUUGGUUUCUUAAAUUCGUUGGUAAACAGCACAAAGCUUGGUUUCCUAGCUAUUGAUGGAAAUAAUUUUGAUGGUUUUAUUCCAGAGUCCAUAGGCAAUCUUUCGAAGAUACUCAGAAUCAUGUUCAUGGGUUCCAACAGGAUAUCUGGCAUUAUCCCCUCCUCAAUUGGUCAACUGAAAGGACUAGCCUUACUAAAUUUAGGGUACAACUCCAUUUCUGGUCAAAUCCCGCCAGAACUAGGCCAGUUGGAAGACUUACAAAAGCUAGUUCUAGUCCACAGCCUGGAAAAAGUUGUGACAAUUGAUCUCUCCAACAAUAAUUUAUCGGGUGACAUUCCAAACUCGAUCCAUAAUUGUAAGAGCUUGGAGCAGCUGAUCAUCUCUAAAAAUUCACUCUCAGGAAAUAUUCCAAAUAGUUUGGGGGAAUUGAGAGGUUUGUUGGUGCUCGACCUUUCUUCGAAUCAACUCUCUGGUUCAAUCCCUCUUGAGCUUCAAAGUUUAAAUGCCAUCAAAAUCUUGAAUCUUUCUUUCAACAAAUUGGAGGGGAAUGUUCCAAGCAACGGGUUUUUCUCAAAUCUCACCAGAGUUCAUCUUGAAGGCAACCCAAAACUAUGUUACGAUUCCAAAUGCACAAGAGAGAGAUUAAGAGUGGCAAUUGAUGUAGCAUGUGGGUUGACCUAUCUGCAUCAUGAAUGUGUUGUGGCUCCAGUCGUGCAUUGUGAUCUUAAGCCAAGUAACAUUCUAUUGGAUGAAGAUUUUACAGCAAAAAUCGGGGAUUUUGGGCUUGCCAGCAUCUUGGUUGAAAAAGAUCAAUAUGUCGAUGUUCUUAAAGGUUCCAUGGGUUACAUACCUCCAGAGUAUGGUAUGGGAGAAAACCCAUCUACUAAAGGAGAUGUAUACAAUUAUGGCAUUAUGCUUAUGGAGAUUUUUACCGGGAAGAGACCAACAGACGAUAUUUUCGUGGGUGGUUUGAGCCUCAAGAUAUGGGUGCAGUCCGCUUUCCCAUCUAACUUGGAUCUAGUGUUGGAUCCUUAUUUGAUUCAAGAACUAGAAGAGUUGUGGUCGGAAGAGUUGCGAUUAGAAGAGUGGUACUCGGAUGGUCACUCCAUGAACCAAAAAAUGCCACAUGAUUGCCUAACAAUAAUCAUUGGAGUUGCACUUUCCUGUACUAACGAUUCUCCUCAUGGACGAAUCGUCAUAUCAGAGGCUUUGGACAAACUCAAGAUUGUUCAAGAUAUGCUUCGUAAGUCCUAG